ACCAUUUUAUUUCUUAUCUUAGUGAUCAGUUUUUAGCAGAUAAUGUGUUUAAUCACCAUCAUUUAGGCUGAAUUAGUUGUUUUCAGGAUUGUGAAAGUGAGCAUCAGAUCUGAGGUCCUUCCAGGUCACCGGUGGUCCGAUCCAGAUCAUCCCAUCGCUCCUCAGCUUCCCUCGCUCUUCGUUUCCUGCUCAUAAACGCCUUAUUGCCGCCGUAAUGAAUCUUCAGACGAAAUAUGCAUGAAUGUGACCUGGAGGGCGUCUUGCGUUCGUCUCGACCUGCACAGUGGCUGAUUCAGGUUUACUGCGUCCUCUGCAGCGCUGGACGAGUUGAUUCUCAUUAGGCUUUCGUUAAUAAGUCAUUCUUUAAUGCUGCUAACRGAGGAGCUGACUGUGGCUUUGUUUCUUUCCUCAGACAAGUCAUGGAUGCACACCCCGGAGGCUCUGGCCAAGCACUACAUCGCCUACAACGCCAAGUUCCUUGGAAACACAGAAGUGGAAGCUCCAAAAGGCACAGAAGUUGUGAAGGAUGCAGUCAGAAAGCUGAAGUUUCAGCGGCACAUCAAGAAGUCAGAGGGUCAGAAGAUCCCCAAAGUGGAGCUGCAGAUCUCCAUCUACGGCGUGAAGAUCCUGGACCCCAAAUCAAAAGACGUGCAGCACAACUGCCAGCUGCACAGGAUAUCGUUCUGCGCCGACGACAAAACCGACAAAAGGAUUUUCACCUUCAUCUGCAAAGACUCCGAGUCCAACAAGCACCUGUGCUUCGUGUUCGACAGUGAGAAAUGUGCCGAGGAGAUCACGCUCACCAUCGGCCAGGCCUUCGACCUGGCCUACAAGAAGUUCCUGGAGUCCGGAGGCAAAGACGUGGAGACCAGGAAACAGAUAGGAGGCCUGCAGAAACGAAUUCAGGAGCUGGAAACAGAAAACGCUGAGCUGAAGAAGCAGCUUCAAGAGCUGGAGGAACAGCUGAUGAUCGCACAUGUACCACCGCCGCUGCACAUAGACGCAGCCGACGAGGCGUACCUGCUGCACAGGCCGUCCUCUCUCUUCUGGCGUCGCAGCGUCACGUCGCUUUCCUGUCUGGAAAUCUCCUCUGUCACUCUCACUCCCAUGAGUUCGCCGGACUCCAACCUGUCCACCGGGUUACUAACCCCUCCGCCCGCCAAACCCGCUCCCCUUCCUCCCAAAGCUGCCGAGGGCCUGGGCGUGCCGCGGCCUCGCGCUGGGAGCGUCUCCGUCAAACCCGAGUCCACGGACAUUUUCGACAUGGUCCCCUUCUCUCCGGUGACGCCGCUGGUUCCCGCCAGGGCCAGCAACGGCUGCCCCCCUCCCCCGCCCACCAGCCUGCCCCCCGACAUGAGGAAAGAUUUGUUCGGUGCCGAGCCGUUUGAUCCGUUCACCUGCGGGGCGGCAGACUUCCCGCCGGAUAUCCAGUCCAAGCUGGAUGAGAUGCAGGAGGGGUUCAAAAUGGGACUAACCCUGGAGGGCGCCAUCUUCUCUCUGGACCCGCUGGACAGCCGCUGCUGAUGCCGAGCAGACUCCUCCUUCGAGUCGGACUUUUUAAACCCAUUUGUAUGAAGAAGUGCCAAAAACCGCUCCGCGGUCGAGUCGAGACGCCACACGUCGUCGUCAUCUUGGGGUUUUUAUGCAUUUGCAUCUAGAUUGGUUUGCAGUAUUUCAAGGAAAGAAAAGAGCUAUUUUUGUACAAGAAGUUAUGGAAGGAGUAGUUUUGAGUACUUUUACUUGCGCAGGCAAGAUGUAAAUAUUCCAAUAAGUCCAACGGUACACUUGGUGUCUGACUUUUCAUAUGUGUUUCUGUAUUGUCGACACAUUCCUGUUUGUAUGGAGCACUGAGAAGAAAAACAAAAUAAAUCUGUGUCCUUAACAUCA